AACACUAUAUAUUGUCUGUGUAUUGAUGAGUGUGCUAGCGCUUACAGAGGCACUGAGAAGGCUUUUAACCCUGAGAUACGUUAAGAUGAAGACUUUCAGCAUGAAGAUUGCUGUUCUACUUGGAUUUGUGAUGCUUCUCUCUAUUGCUCUGGCUGAGCAUGACCAUGGCCAUCAGCAUAUCAUUGAGAAGCGCUCUUCAAGUGAAGAGCGUGGCCGUGGCCCUGGCCGUGGCUUUCCAAACUUUCUCCAGCAGUACAACUACUUUCUGCUUCUGCAAAGACUUGGUCUUUUCCCAGCCCCUGCAGCCCCGGCCCCUGCAGCACCUGCCCCUGCAGCACCGGCCCCAGCCCCAGCUCCAGCCCCAGCUCCAGCUCCAGCUGGUCGCUGAGAAAGGACAUGAAUCAGAACCUUCAACUCAACAAGAGCAAGCUAUGGUUGCUGAAGUGACCAGAACAUUAACUGACACUAAGUACUGUAAUAGCUGAUUUCCAUAUUUUGCUUGAGUUUCCCUUUAAUGUACUUGCUGUAUGUCUGUCUGCAAUGCAAUAAAGUGGAUUUGAAAUGGCA